AUGAAUUCGAAUUUGCAUAAUUUUUGGCAAUUCACACCAGAUUAUCCUCCCUAUUAUCAACCUCCGCCAAAUUACUACGAUCCAUACUUGAGCGAUUUCUAUGCUACCAUGAUGAAUUAUCACAUGGAGUGUUAUUAUUAUUAUUAUGAUUAUUUUUGUUAUAAUUAUUAUCUGUCAACAAGUGGACUGGUUGAUGAAAGUGAAUCCGAUUAUGAUUCCGAUUAUCUGAGAGACUUAUUUGGAGAUGUUGUGGAAAGCGACGAUUACGAAGACGAGGAGGAGGUUACAGAGGAGAUUAUAGGAAAUAUGAUGAAAACAAGAAUUCAUUGUGGUGGUAGUGACGAUGGAGAAGAAAUAAUAUGUGUUAUUUGCCAAUGUGAAUAUGAGAAUGAUGAGACAAUUGGAACUCUUGAAUGUCAACAUGAAUAUCACUCAAGCUGUAUAAAGGAAUGGUUGCUGAAGGGGAAGAGAUCUUGUCCAAUUUGUAGGUCUUCAGUUUUACCGUUAUAG